CGUUGCUGUCGACGUUUCCAGGGUCCUAUAUAAGCGCCUCCAUUGCCAUGCCUCACUCCAACCACGUACGCCCACUCCCUCCAAGCUCUCAGGUCUCUCUCUCACUCUCUCUCUACGCCCAGGACCAGGACACAUAGCCAUGGCUGCUGCGGACCAAGACUGCGCCGCGACGUUCCAUGGCCGUCGCGGAGGCGACGACACGGCGGCGGCGGAGCUCCACGGCCGGAUGAUGUCAACGGAGCAGGAGCACGGCAUCAUCGUGGCCGCGCUGCGGCACGUCGUCUCCGGGUACACCACGGCGCCGCCGGAGGUCGUCGUCGCCGUGGCGUGCGGCCGCUGCGGCAUCGACGGCUGCCUCGGGUGCGACUUCUUCGGGGCCACCGAGGCGGACGCGGUGACCGUGGGAGCCUCAGGAGCGGGGCAGAGGAAGCGGCGGAGGAAGAAGAACGUCUACCGCGGCGUGCGGCAGCGGCCGUGGGGGAAGUGGGCCGCGGAGAUCCGCGACCCGCGCCGCGCGGUGCGCAAGUGGCUCGGGACGUUCGACACCGCCGAGGAGGCCGCGCGGGCGUACGACCUCGCCGCGCUCGAGUUCCGCGGCCCGCGCGCCAGGCUCAACUUCCCGUGCUCCGACGAGCCUCUGCCUGAGCACGGGAGCGACAAUGGCGGCGGUGAUGCUGGCGCCGCGCCGGAGAACGAGACUCUGACAACGCCGUCCCCGUGCAGCAUGGACGCCGGCCAGAGGACGCCGGGGGAAUGGCAGCUGGGUGCGGACGACCGAGCCGGCGACCAGCUGUGGGAAGGCUUGCAGGAUCUCAUGACGAUAGAUGGAGAGGACCCAUGCUUCGCGCCAUUUUCGAGUCCAGCAUAAGUGUAUUUGGGAUCUUGUGUAUAAUGGUGAUUACUACUGGUAGUGAUAGAAACAAGCUGAUAGAAUAGACUAACUGAGAACCGUAGUGAUUUAUUCGUUCAAUUUCUUGAGACAAAGCACAGAGUCGUUACAUUUUUUCUUCGUUACAUUUGUUAAGCAUCA